GGAUGUUUCCUGGUUACUGUUUGAACACAGGAGAAAGUUCUCGCGGGUGACGUCAUGACGCACGAAGCCCACGCCGAGCCCUGAUUGGACGAGAGGGCCAGCGGAAAGCUCGAGAAGCAGCGAGAAUCCGCGGAGAGAGAAUAAGUCCAGUCGCCGGUUCUGGAUCCUCCAGCAAAUCUGACAGAACAAGAUCCGAGAAGAGACCCGCAAGAGGAGAAGAACCGGGGAAGAACCGGACUCAUCCUGACCCAGAAAAUACCCCAUACUCUGAGACAAAGCCAGCACAGCCAGCAUGUCGGCAGCCAAAGGCGUAGCGAUCGGCAUCGACCUGGGCACCACCUACUCCUGCGUGGGGGUUUUCCAGCACGGAAAAGUAGAAAUCAUCGCCAACGACCAGGGCAACAGGACCACGCCCAGCUAUGUGGCCUUCACCGACACGGAGAGGCUGAUCGGGGACGCGGCCAAGAACCAGGUGGCCCUGAACCCCAGCAACACGGUGUUUGAUGCCAAGAGGCUGAUUGGAAGGAGGUUCGAGGAGCCGGUGGUGCAGGCGGACAUGAAGCACUGGCCCUUCCAGGUGGUGUCCGACGGAGGGAAGCCCAAAAUUCAGGUGGAGUACAAAGGCGAGGACAAGAGCUUCUCCCCGGAGGAGAUUUCCUCCAUGGUCCUGGUGAAGAUGAAGGAGAUCGCCGAGGCCUACCUGGGCCACAAGGUGUCCAACGCCGUCAUCACGGUCCCGGCGUACUUCAACGACUCCCAGCGCCAGGCCACAAAGGACGCGGGCGUGAUCGCGGGGCUCAACGUGCUGAGGAUCAUCAACGAGCCCACGGCGGCCGCCAUCGCCUACGGUCUGGACAAAGGCAAGACGGGAGAGCGCAACGUCCUGAUCUUCGACCUGGGCGGGGGCACCUUCGACGUGUCCGUCCUGACCAUCGAGGACGGCAUCUUCGAGGUGAAGGCCACGGCCGGAGACACGCACCUGGGCGGAGAGGACUUUGACAACCGCAUGGUCAACCACUUUGUGGAGGAGUUCAAGAGGAAGCACAAGAAGGACAUCAGCCAGAACAAGAGAGCCCUGAGGAGGCUGCGCACCGCCUGCGAGAGGGCCAAGAGGACCCUGUCCUCCAGCUCCCAGGCCAGCCUGGAGAUCGACUCCCUGUUCGAGGGCAUGGACUUCUACACCUCGCUCACCAGGGCGCGCUUCGAGGAGCUGUGCUCCGACCUGUUCAGGGGAACCCUGGAGCCGGUGGAGAAAGCCCUGAGGGACGCCAAAAUGGACAAGGGCCAGAUCCACGAGGUGGUCCUGGUGGGAGGCUCCACCCGGAUCCCCAAGAUCCAGAAGCUCCUGCAGGACUUCUUCAACGGCCGGGAGCUGAACAAGAGCAUCAACCCGGACGAGGCGGUGGCGUACGGCGCCGCCGUGCAGGGCGCCAUCCUGUCGGGCGACACCUCGGGCAACGUCCAGGACCUGCUGCUGCUGGACGUGGCGCCCCUGUCCCUGGGAAUCGAGACGGCGGGAGGGGUGAUGACCUCCCUGAUCAAACGCAACACCACCAUCCCCACCAAGCAGACCCAGGUGUUCAGCACCUACGCCGACAACCAGCCCGGGGUCCUGAUCCAGGUCUACGAGGGCGAGAGGGCCAUGACCAAGGACAACAACCUGCUGGGCAAGUUCGAGCUGGCCGGAAUCCCGCCGGCUCCCCGAGGCGUCCCGCAGAUCCAGGUCACCUUCGACAUCGACGCCAACGGCAUCCUGAACGUGUCGGCGGUGGACAAGAGCACCGGCAAAGAGAACAAGAUCACCAUCACCAACGACAAGGGCCGGCUGAGCAAAGAGGAGAUCGAGAGGAUGCUGCAGGACGCCGACAGAUACAAAGCCCAGGACGAGCUGCAGAGGGACAAGAUGGCCGCCAGGAACUCCCUGGAGUCCCUGGCCUUCAGCCUGAAGAGCAGCGUGCAGGACCAGAGCCUGCAGGACAAAAUCAGCCCCGAGGACCAGAAGAAGGUGCUGGACAAGUGCCAGGAGACCAUCGCCUGGCUGGAGAACAACCAGCUGGCCGAGAAAGAGGAGUUCCAGCACCAGCAGAAGCAGCUGGAGAGCGUCUUUCCGACCAAUCACAGCUCGACGGGCGCGCUGGGCUUCGUGACGUCACCCGCGAGAACGUUCUCCCGGCUUCUGGUCGCGCGGAGAAACCGUUAG